CGCCUGACGUCAGCACGUAAAACAACAGUAAAGGCGGGGCCGGUGGGGGUAGACAGGUAAAGGUGUGCUGCUGCAUCGCGCCUACAACUCAAGGAAGCAAGCAUACCGAUGAGUUGUUGACUCUUUUGUCUCUCCAUUUUGAGCUCACUUCAACUGUGAAAAUGGUGAAGAAGGAGCAGGAGAUAGCCAACCGGCCUGACAACACCGCCUUCACCCAGCAGAGACUUCCAGCAUGGCAGCCGAUGCUUUCAGCUGGCAUUGUCAUCCCGGGGUUCGUCCUCAUCGGCCUGGCCUUCAUUGGCAUCGGCGUCGCCCUCUUUGUCACAUCGCGGAGCAUCCAAGUGAUGGAGUUGGACUACACUGGGGUUGAACAAACCUCACCGUGCUUCAGGUGCUCUGACCCCAAUGUCAAAAACUGUGUGUGCCUGCUGGACUUCUCCAUUGACAGUCUGUUCAAGGGCCCUGUGUUCUUUUAUUAUGGGUUGACCAACUACUUCCAGAACUACAGAAGGUAUGGAGUCUCCAAAGAUGACGACCAGCUGUCAGGAAACCUGGAUAGCUUCAUAUCUCCCAGUGACACCUGUGCCCCCUAUGAGUUUGACAGCAACAACAAACCAAUUGUGCCGUGUGGGUCAGUGGCAAACAGCAUGUUCAACGACACCUUUAAGCUGUAUCAGAUCAUCAGUGGGGCAAAGAAUCAGGUGCCCUUCGAUGGAAAAGGGAUUGCCUGGUGGACUGACUACAACGUGAAAUACAGAAACCCUUCUGUUACACCUCUGAGGGACGCUUUCAACGGUACGGUGAAACCCCUGUUUUGGCCCAGACCUGCUUACGAGUUGGACCCCUCAGACCCUAACAACAACGGCUUCAUCAAUCAGGAUUUCUUGGUUUGGAUGAGGCGGGCGGCCCUGCCAGAUUUCAGAAAGCUGUACCGACGAAUCACGGAGGGGGAUUACACCCAGGGUCUGCCGGCCGGAAACUACUCCCUUGAAAUUGCCUACAACUACCCUGUUCUGAGCUUUGACGGGAGAAAGAAGGUGGUGCUGAGCAACGUGUCCUGGAUGGGUGGCAAGAAUGAGUUCCUGGGCAUCGCCUACCUCGUGAUUGGGUCAUUGUGCAUCGUCAUGUCCAUAGUCAUGCUUAUUGUCUAUGCCAAAUUCAAGUUUCCUGAGGAAGAAUGAGUUCCUGUUUAUGGACUGGUGUCAGCUAUGUGCCUUAUCCACCCUAUCAAACUUUUUUUUUUCUUCUGUUUUCUCUGAAUGGGAUGAUUAAAGCACAGUACAGUGCUUACGUAAACCACAAAAUACAGCUGGAAUGCACCCUUUAACUGAAGUCACAUGUGAAGACAUUCCCUAAGGUGCAGAAGAAGCCUGGUGUCACUUUGUGAGGCAGAGCUCAACAACACAGUGUCCUCGUUGACUGCAAAAGAGCAACCAUUCAUUUUCAGUGUCUCUUGUUGGUAUCUCAAAUUUCAGUGAUCAUUUGGGAAGUGUUAUUGAUCCGAAUCAUUAUUUUUAUGUUAAUGAUGUUGUAAAUGUAGCUACACUUUCUUUCUUAUCAGCCUCCACUUGGAAUCUUAAAGGAUCAAUGUGAAGGUAGAAUCAGUGUGUGCUGUGCACAGGCUGAUAUCUGCUGGAUGAAAGGAGACCCACAGCUCGUGUGUGUGUGUGUGGUUUUUUUUUUAUUUUUUAUGCUAGUCUAGUUUAUUUUUAAAUGGCAGGAUGUUUCUCUCAGGUUUCUGAUUCUGUAUUUCCUUUAUGUGUACUUUCAUAAUCACUCAGUGAGAUUAGUAGUAAUGUUAAAGCCAUAAAAACUUUGCUAAGCUAUUUGUUGCUGGACAAAAAGUUUCUCCUGAUGUGUGUCAGAUACGUAACUUAGUUAUAUAUUCCCACAUAUUAAUGCUAUGAAAUGUGGAAAUACAUCUCUCUUCAAUCUCAGGGAUCUGAUAUACAGGCACACUCAUGUUGUCUUCUAUCUACUGAGAUUUUACUUCAUGUUGAUAUUUAUUUAAUAAAAACAACAUUUAUAUCCCACAAGAAA